UUCACUCAAAAACUUCACUUUUGUUGUGAAAUCCCUGCCGUGCGCUCUGCGCUGCGCAAUUUCGUUGCUAAUUUUACGGUUGCUACCGUGAGUUUUGUUCGCAAGUUUUUACAAGGCUUAACUACGAUUUGCCAAGAUGACGAAGUUAAUACAACAGUUAAAUUUUAGUAGUAGUAAUUACCCUUACGAAGCUACUUCUGUUGAACCUAACCCUGCCAAGGAAAAGCACUUCUAUGGUGAUGGCGCGUCUCUGAGCGCGGCCGGCAGCAAGCGGUCGGCCGUCUCGGCUUCGGACGCCGAGUGCUUUUCGCUGUGCCUGGGCGCCGGGCCUCUGUGGUGGUCCGAUGUCCCUGCAGCAGGCUCGGCGCCGCCCGGAGGGGCGCGCGGCGGGGCUGCGAGCCCCGCCACACCAGCCCCCAACACUCCCAUACACGACGACAACCGUGACUUGUUGAGUGCUUUACUAUGGGCGAGUGCAAGCUCGCUGUGUGGCAGCGCGGAGAGCCUCUCGGAGCCACCCCGCCCCGCCUUGCAACUGGAGCAACGCGAGGAGGUGAUCGCCCAAAUUCUGGAACGCAAAGACCGUCAGCCAGUGAAAGUUGAGUUCAAGAUCUAUCUCACAGAGAACACCUCCACUCGCUGGGAAGCAGUGGUGAGCGCGAACACCAUCUACCUCCGCGUGCCAGGAGUCCUGCAGUCCGGCAGCAAGGAGAGCUUCAUGCUGCUCCUCGACUUCGCCGAGGAGCGUCUACGUUGCGCCAACUGCAUCAUUUGCGUGCUGAAGACCAGGCCUGACCGCGCCACUCUGCUCCGCACAUUCAUGUUCAUGGGGUUCCAAUUGCUCCCGCCAAACUCGCCCGCAAUGCCACCAGAAAUAUCCAACCCAGAAUACGUUUUCCUCCACUACAACAUGCAGUAAACACUAAACUGUCGGACCAUUGGCCUCGUAUAUAAACAAAUAGACAUACAAUCUGUAAAAAAGCGUCCACGGUGCCUCUUGGGGGUUAAAAUGACCACAUCGAAGCGAUUGUGAGUCCAUUUGUUUAUAGUAUGUCAAUGUGUCUAACUGACAAAAUCUCGUGACGCAUUAAUCUGUGGACGUUCUAUUUGUUUUUCUUUGGCCGUUUAAGAGACCGGCUAAGAACGUAAGGCCUUCUCUAUGGUAGCAAACUUUUUUUUAUAAAAUAGGCUCGCGUUUGACCACAACUUCACCUGAUGAAACCCGAAGCUAUCGACAGUUGACCUUGAAAAUCAGCAUUUGAUAGUUCUUGCAAAUGUUUCCCAGCCAAAUUGUCACGGGAUUUCGUAGACAGUUUAGUGACGUCACUCUUUUUUAUGAAGCUACACAAAUCGACAUCUGAAAUUUCGCGUAGUUAUUUGUUGAAAUGUGAUUUCGAUGAAGUAGCAAUUUUAUUAUUAUUGCUUUUGCAACUCACGAACGCAGUCGACCUGACAAUGCGCACGCGAAAUCUGCUACGUUAACCAUAGAAUAAGGAAUAACACUACGUAAAGAACGGCAACUCUCCGCUCCCCACCAUUAAAUUGGUAUCUCCAACAUUCCAAGGACUUAAAUUUUAUUAUCGAAAAAGCGAAUCACUCACUAACGUACUUAAUUACUGUCACUUUUAUACAAAAAUCAUGAAACUAAGUAAAUAUUUUACUAAAAGUUCAAAAUUGCUUUGCAAAGGAAAUUAAAAACAUUGGAUAACUUAUUUUUUUACAAAAUGGAGGCAAAACGGAGGUGAGGCGACGGCGCGGCUAACCUUGAAAUGUUAGCUGUCACUUGAGCAUACCUGGUUUUGUAAUACUAUGAACUAGACUAAAGUAGCCCCCGUAGAGGGGGUGAAGUAAUUCAAACUCGCUCCAAGCUCUCAUAGGUGCGGGGCGAGGAGUGUCCCUUCUAUAUGUAGUAUUAUUUGAUUAUUCAAAGCCACAAAAAAAGGCGGGAACGUUCGAGAGUUGCAAGAAUUAUAAAAACAUAGAUCAGUAUUCAAAAAGCACUUUUCUCCUAAUUAAAAUAAACACAUGCUUAGUAAGACCUCGACAAGUCUAGUAGAUUUUAGACGUUUAGUACUUUUUUAUUCUUAUUAUGUAUUAGGAUUUCUUUCUAUUUUUAUAAGGCGGACAUCUUGUUUUUUUUAACGACCAUAGACAUUAGCUAUUUGAGAAUUUGACAGAACAUUUAUGUAGUAAAUAUAUAAUUGAAACACAUUUAGUCCUUUGUGAAAAUAGCAAGAAAUCAAUGAAAUGUUACAAGAAAUAUUAUUUCUACAAUUUCAGCUUUGGAAAUAACGCGCUUACGUGUUUUCAAUAACAAUAAUUGUUUUAUAUCCAAACUGGUACGGUAGAAAUUUAUUAAGACAUUUAUUUUUUAACUAUUAUCUAUCAUAUCUUUAAUAUAAAAAUUACGUAUAUAUGUCGUCGUGUAUUGAAAUCAUUAUUCACCCCCUCCGGGAUAGAGCGAAAAAAACAAGAAAAAUAAAAAAAAAUAACAAAAAUUAAAACAAAAAAAAAUGUUUGUAAAAUAUUACGGGCUAUUAUAUCACUUCAUCAAUACACUUGUGGAUUUUCUUUUCACUCACAAGAGCAGUAAAGAAGUUUUGUUUUACUAUUAUUUUUUAUGUACCGUGAAUGUUACAUUUUGACUCUAAUCAUAAAAUUAUUUUUUUACUUAAUCUGAUGGAACAACUUAAAAACAACGAUAAAUACAGAAAUAAAGUCCAGAAUUGGCGGCCUUGUUGCUCAAGUAGCAACAACGUUGUCUUCCAGGCAACAGCAACUUAAAUUUUUAUUCAGUGUUCAGAAAGUUAACGAAACAGCAACAGAAAUUCGCAAAAACGAUUUAGGAGAAUAUAAUUUUUCACGGUACACCCUCUAUUGUAAUCUUACCUAUUAUAUCUAGUUUGUAAGUCAAUUACACUAGAUGCUAUUUGACAUUGGUUAAUUAAAAAAAACAACUAAGUACUCCCAAGUUGUAAGAUUAACGAACUUUUGCCAUAACCAUACAUUUUUCCUCAUCUAAAUAAAAUAGGCUGACGAUUUUUAAGCACGUGCCCAUAAAUCGGAAUAAUAAAAAUCUGAGCCAAAACUGCAUGAAACCUGGCCAAAAUACAAUUUUUCAAUGUCAAAUAGGAUCUUUUGCAAUGUUGCUAUAUCUAAGUGAACUUACUUUUUUUUUCUUUAGUUUAAUCAGUACUAUAUUUUGCACGCGAUUAACUUACAUACAACUACAUUUAUAUAUUUUUAAUAUUUACGAUGAGUGCUUUAUUAUGAACCGUUAAAACGAGUAAACCCUAGAACAUUCUACAAAUAGUCGUCAAGAUUUGUGAUUGAGAUCGCUGUUUUGACGUGAAUUUAUAUAAUCUAUGGUGGUUGAGGUAAACUUAUAAAAAAAUGCGGGAAAAAGGUUAUGUUCGUCUAAAAGUUUGUUUCCACAAAAAGUAAACAAAUAAUCAACUAUCACCAAAAUCGAUUUAAACUUUCGGAAUCACUAAAUCAUCUCGAUUGGAAUAUAGUUGUAUGUAUUUGAAUCGUAAAUGUAAUUUUAGAAACUAGAUUUUAAUUUGGUUAGGAGUCCCAACUUACGUUCAGUAUUUCUUUCCCAAAGUAUUAUGCCUUUUUGAUUUUUGUAAAAAAAAUAUAAUUUCAACGAUUCAUUUAUGGAUUUUGGCGCGAAUUUGAAGCGAGCUUGACACAUUUAAUUAUUUUUCAUCAAAAAUUAAUGUUUCUUUAGACAAAAGUACGAAUAUGUAUUAGGAAUCCGAAAAUUAAUCGUUGAAAUGAGAAAUAUUUGGGACUCCAUAGCUAUUACUGUAAUUUUAAUGUAUUAAGAAUUGAUUAAAGUUAUCUUAAUCACUUC